AUGGGGACCUCUGGAACUGCAAUCGUCGCGUUAGAUAACGAAGAUAACGAAGAAGAACAAGGCUAUGAACUUCAACAUUUACCUCCACUGCUUGAGGACGAGGAAAACGUGUCUCUGGCAGAUAUCCUUUGCCUGAGAGACAGCUAUCUGUCGGAGCAGGAGGUGUGGGCAGUGUGUGUGGAGUGUGUACAUUCGCUGCAGUGUAUUGCGCUGUUGCCCCUCUUUCACACUCUCUGCAUCACCCCCGACACUCUGGCCUUCAAUGCCCACGGGAACGUGUGCUUCAUGGAGCAGCUCAGCGAUGACCCUGAGGGUUCAUUUGUACCUCCAGAGUUUGACAGAACCGGGAACACCUUUGAGGGACAUAUCUACUCGCUGGGUGCCACUCUCUCCGCUGCCCUGGACUUUGUCGUGGAGCCUGAACUGGAGGCAGACUUGGGGAUGGAGACCAGGAGGUUCCUAGAUCAAAUGCAGGAGGCAGAGCCGGAGAAUAGACCGCACCCUCAGGAUAUUCUCUCUCUGGCAGAGGCCAAACUUUCAGGCACCUCCCCCGUAGCUGUCUGUCGAAAACUCUCUGCCAUUGGAAGAAGGGUCCUCUCCAUCGAAUCUGUAGCAAAUUUUCAAGAUGGAUGGGAGUGGUCUUAUCGGCACGCUGAACAAUCUAAGAGGUCAGCCUUCACAGAAGAUCAGACUCGUUACCGGGGCAUGGUCCGAAAUUACUCCUCCGAUUCCUAUAACAGCAGUGAGGACCAGCGGUCUCAGAAUUGGGGUCGAACUCAUGAAAGCUAUCAGUGGGUUGAGGGUUGGCAUAAAUGCUCAGGGAGCAUAACGCUGGCGCGAGAAGACGACCCAUUUCAGGCCGCUCUUUUCACCAGAUCCCAGAAUAGCUCUCCGGUCCGCAGGAGAAACCAGAGGCUGGGAAGAGCGAGGGGCGCACUCAACCGUUCCUGCUCUGUCCCAGACUCCAACAAUCCCCCAGCUUUCUUACCUCCUUCUCACGGAGACAUCAGCAUGGUCGUGACAGACCUGUCAGAGAUAGGAGCUGAGGAGGACGAGACAUUGGUUUGGGAGGAAAUACCCCAAAGAGGAGAUCCUAAGAGGACAGUGGAGUAUUCUGACACAGGGUGGUGUGGAGAUUCUCCAAGCCACUCAGCCCGGUCUCCAGAAGACCCCAGAGAUGUUGGCCUCUCGCAAAGGAGCAUUGCCUCUGAUCUUGAUGAGGUGGAUCAACCUGAGACAUUUGACAAUCAAAUCCUGUCUCCUUCAGCCGCUGAGGGCUUGAGGAACAACAGUUUGUACAGUUCCAAUAACCACAUGACAAAGAGCAUGCUAUGUCUCAAUGAGGAGUCUCAGGAUGAGUGGAUCUCUCUACGGGAGCUGCUGUCCCACUGUAGCAGGCCGCUCUCAGUGAAUGAGCUUUGGGCUCUGUGCUACAUCUGUCUCUCCACUCUCCAGACUUACAUUGACUUCCCAGAAUACCUUUGCCUGGACUCUGUCUAUGUGGGCUGUGAUGGAGAGAUGCUGUUUCUGAAGCCCAGAAACACAGGAGCAUGUGAUGCAUUUUACCUGGCACCUGAAUUCCAGGAGCAUGGUAUUGUAACAGAAAAGGCCUGCAUUUAUGGAGUUGCCGCCAUACUUUGGGCUACAGCUAAAUUUAACUUGUCGCCCAAUCAAAAACUGGCCAUGCCUAGAAAGCUGAAGAGACUGCUGCUUGAGAUGGCUAAGAGGACUCCUAUUGAAAGGCCAUCCAUUGUUUUAGCAAAGAAGAGCUGUCGGGACUAUCUUUCUCGCCAGGGAACUAAUGCCGAGGCAGUAUGGACACAGCUCAUCAACAGAGUACACAAGUUCUUGAACAUGGUGGUGACUCUCUAUCAAGGCUUUCUCCCAUUGGCUGGUGAAGGCAAGCUGGCUCCUGUAGCUGGUCCUCUCCCGCACAGUUAUGCACUGAGCACAUCUUCCCAGCUUCCUGAAGCUUUCACUUCUCCAGCCACACACUUUACACCCAUUGUCCUCGCUCAAGAGGAGGGAACACAGCAGGAGGAGUCUCCUCUGACUGAUCCUGGAACAGAUGGGACGUCUAGUGAGAGUCUGCACUGCAGUAAUGUUGAAUUCCUAGAAAAUGAGGAUUCCAUAACUCCUGCAGUUGGGGCAGAGCCACAGGAAACUGAAACAGAGUUGGAGGACAACAGAGGAGAUGGUGUUGGCUCUAACGUGGGUGUGGUUUUACGAGACUCCUCCUCCACUUCCUCCAGUGGCAAGACUCUGGUCAACUCCCCACCUCUUCUCUCUCCCCAGACGACCAAUCAGGAAACAAGCAUGCAACCUGUGGCAACUUGCCCUGCUAUCUCGUGUGGCUGUGCCAACGGAGUUUUCAACAACUUCCUGUUAAGGCAGGACCCUCAAACAGGGCUUCUCACCCUCCUUCCUGUACAGAUUGCUGUUCCUGAACCAAUCACAGGCCUGGAUCUCAGUCUCCCAAUAACCACUGUUCCUCUGCAGAAUCAGCCUGUAACGAAUUCAUCCCCUAAAAAGAAAGUGAACCAUUUCACUGAACAAAAUAACAACAUAUAUCCUGCUUAUCAAAAUGGAAACACCAGUCACACUCUCUCAGUGUCUUACGGCACUUUCAUGAGUGAUAAGAGCUCAGAGGACAAAGUUAAGCGUACAACAUCAGCUGCUCCUAAGUCAUCCCAAACCAUGACAGGUUUAUGCCGCAAACACCCAACUCUUCAUCAGAUCCUGACUCUGGUUAGGGAGGAGUUUGCCUUUGAUGGAUAUCUGGAGAAUGGAGUUGAAGAUCUAGCCAUAGGGGAGUAUAUUCUGUCUUUAAAGGGCCUUCAGUUUGAGACAUUCUGUCGAGCCAUAACAGAGAAGUACUGUGAGCUCUUUUGGGAUGAGGAUCUGCUUGGAGUACUUCACUGUCUGGUUAACCAUGGUUCAUCCACACCAUCUUCUGCUGAACAGUCACCAUCAAAGCAGCUGAAAAGGGCAGUGACAUCACCCCAGAAAGCAGGACAGAGAGAAGAGAGGGAAAGAGGAGAAAACGGUCAUCUGUGCGACCACACGACUGCAUGUCAUGCCCCCUACUUUAACUCAUCUUCCUGGUCUUCAAUAGGGGUGAGUGCUGUGGUGAGUCUGCCUGUAGGGGUAAUGGAGAGAUCCCAGUGUCCAGUAGGGGGCGCUGAUGAGAGCCUGUGUGAAUCCGAUGCCCUGUGGUUGGGGGAAGAGGGAUUGGAGGACAGUGGAGAUGGCCAGUGGAGAAGCACUUGCCACACGGAUGACAUGGAUGACUCCGACUCCCUGAUCUCUCAACGGACCCUAUCCCCUAACGCUGGCCCAGACGGGCCUUCUUAUAGCCCCUCUUGGGCCCUGGCCUACUAUGGAGAAGAAUGCUUCAGUCAGGAGGUCACAAAUUAUGCCUUCAAACUGGGCCGCCACAGUAAGUCUCCCAGUCUGGAGGAGAAGACACAGGAUCCACCUUUCUUAGAGCAAGAAUUUUACCAGGAGCUUCAACAGCAACUGACAAUUGAGACCAGAAAUUUGAGGAAGACCAGAAAUUUCUACCAUCGACUGCUGCACCAAGAAAGAAAAAACAAAGGUUCAGAAGGUAAAGUGAUGCUGUCCAAACUCAAGCUUCAGUUUGAAGAGCUGAAAUCCAAAGUGGAGUUUCUAGACUCGGUUAAGAAAUAUCUUCAGGUGUUGUCAGUGGAUCAGUGGGGUCUGGAUCCUGCUGCCCUGCCCUCUCUUGCCCUGUCUGAUUCUCCUGGACUGGACACACAGUCCUGCGAGGACCCCUCUGCUCUCAGUCUGGUUUGUGAACAACGCAGAGGAAAAGGCAGCUGCCCCCUAGUGGCAGGAACUCCCCUUGGUUUAAUGUCAUACCUAUAUGCCAGAAAUGCCCAUUUGGAGGGCUACAUUCAGCAGUUCCUCUACACCUAUCGCUACUUUUGUACACCAGAGGACUUCCUCCAGUUCCUCAAGGAAAAAUUUACCACUUCUUCAAGAGGAAGUCAGGAAUCAUCUGCAGACAGCACUAAAAUCUACCACAGGACUUUGGACCUGUUGGAGUGCUGGAUAGGAAGCUGUCGACGGGUGGACUUUACUUCCAAGACCAGCUUCUCGCAAAUCAUGGAUAAAUUCCUUUCUUCAGAGGUUUCUCCUGUAGACAGUCGAGGAGAGAGCCUGCUCACAAUUCUUCAGAGCUCUCCCAGGAGGCGACGGGGAAAUGGGGUGUCCAGCCUGUGUACUAGUCCAAUCAGCUCUCAGGAAGAUGAGGAUGUUCAAUCUGUUCACUUCACCUGUAGAAAGUCCUCCAUUGAUGAUUCUGGCAAGAAGAGUUUCCAGUGGAGGAUCAGUCGUGUGGUGGAGCCCCAGGCUGCCAGUCCUAAAGAGAGGCCAUAUUCGAUUGCUGCAGCACUGCCGCGGCCCUGUUACUCCUCUCUGAUUCAGCAGCUCUCCAGCAGCUGUGUGAGGAAUGAGGAACUUCUGCCCUUCAGCCAGAAUGAACACAGCGCACAACACACCGCACAGCAGCUCACACUGCUUCAACAGGAAAUAUUUCAAGGUUGUCACCCAGUUCAUUUCCUGAACUCCAGAGCUCAGGGAGUCAGAGAGAAAUCAGCCAGCAUGUCCAAGGGUGUGUCCUCUGAUGCCCUUCCAGUAGAGGGCAGCAGUUUGUUUGUGUCUGAGGAGACGGAGCAGGACGGGCCACUGCAGCAGCUGCUGAAAUACGCAGAGAGUGUCAGCAACUGGGUCUCCGCUGAGAUCGUCAUCUGUGACUCUGUGAAGACUCAGGCUGCUCUGCUCUCUAAAUUCCUCUCCAUGGCCAAGUUCUGCUACGAGAAUCGAGACUUUGCUACCGCCAUGCAGAUUCUGGGAGGACUGGAGGGCGUGAUUGUCAGGCAAUUACCGGCAUGGAAACAACUGUCCUCCAAAGUGUGUGAGGUGUUGGAAGAACUCAGAGCGGUGCAGGUGUUUCUGAAGAGCGAUAACCUGUGUCUGAUGGAGGGAGAGAAGACAAGAGGUCGACCCACCCUUCCCUCUGCUCAUAUUCUGGCCAUGCACGUCCAGCAGCUGGAGAUAGGAGCUUUCACACUGACCAAUGGCACCUACAAGUGGCCAAAGUUGAGGAACAUUGCGAGGGUUGUGAGUCAGGUACAUGCUUUUCAGGAAAGUGUAUAUCCAUACACCCCUGAUCUGGAGCUACAGGCAUACCUGCGCGGGCGAAUUGGCCGCCUGGGAACCUGUGACGUGACCCUUCUUGCCGCUGACAAUGAUGCCAACUUCCACCAGCUCCCUGCUGAUCGGCAUACCCGCAGGAUACAAGACACCCUGCGUAGAGUCAAGGCCACUUUCCAGUGA